AGUUCGAAGGCGCUUUGGUCCAAAAACUACGAGUUAGUUCAAAAAAUUGACAAAAUUCUCAGCUUCCCACUUUCAGUUCAAAUCACCCCCACAAAAAAAUUUAACUUUUAAUUACAUCAAUUAUCUGCUAAUUAUUCCACUUUUAGUCUGAUUUGGAGUUGGAUCUUAGCUUUGGGAGUUGCUAUUUCAUUAUUGGUUGAGCUGAAUUCUUGAAUUUUUCCAAGUUUUUCAGGUCCUGAUUGAAAUUUGGGGAAAAAGUUAGGGUUUUUGGAUUUGGAGUUAGGGUUUUAUAAUAGGGUGUUUGUGGAUUCUAUUUGUGUAUGUGUACAAGAAGAAUUUGAAGUUCUUUUGGAGAAAUGUUUUACUCACAGUUCAUAUUGGCCAAAAAGGGGCCUUUGGGAACUAUAUGGAUUGCAGCACAUCUGGAGAGGAAACUUAGGAAGAAUCAAGUUGCUGAUACAGAUAUUGGCGUCUCCGUAGACUCAAUCCUUUUUCCUGAAGCGCCAAUUGCAUUGCGGUUAUCUAGCCAUCUUCUUCUUGGAGUUGUGAGGAUAUAUUCUCGAAAGGUGGGUUACCUAUUUGACGAUUGCAGUGAGGCUUUGCUAAAAGUCAAGCAAGCUUUUCGCUCCACCGCUGUGGAUUUACCACCUGAAGAAUCUAAGGCUCCAUAUCACUCAAUCACCUUGCCAGAGACUUUUGAACUUGAUGAUUUUGAGUUGCCAGACAAUGAGAUUUUUCAGGGUAACUAUGUGGACCAUCAUGUUAGUUCAAGGGAGCAGAUUACACUACAAGAUAACAUGGAGGGCGUGGUUUACUCAACUUCAAAGUUUGGGUUGGAUGAGAGAUUUGGGGAUGGUGACACUUCUGGUUUAUACCUCGAUGAGGAAUUAUUUUUGGACAAGGUUGCUGCUGCUGGAGAUGCUAGUGUGAGUGCUGAUCCUCUAGCGUCCGUUGAACCAAUGACACCACUCAAACAAGAAGAGCACAAUGAAGAGAUGGCUGCAAAUUCCGAGAGCAUGAUUGAUGGAGUUGAUGGCGAUGCUGAUUUCAUGGAUCAUGCUCCAUGCACUCCUGGGUUGGCGGAAGAACCGAACUUGUCUAACAUUCAGGAAACAUCAGCAUGUGAGGACCAUAUAGGACUGGAAGAUCGUCAUUUAAUGGAAUAUGCUGUAAAAAGAAAUACAGAGAAUCUCUCUUGUGAAAAUAACGUGAAUAACGGGAGUGAACUUCUAGAAAAUCAAGCACUAACUGAUGGCUCGAAUGCUGAUACUGUUCACUUCGUGAUUCCUGAGGAGAAUGGUUACCAUUUAGGCAACACGUGUGACAAACAACUGGUGCCGGAUGGUCAGCUGCCUCCAAGUGAAGUUGCAAUCGAUCCUGUGAAAUCAAGUGAUCCCGCUGUAGCAUCUGGACCAUCCUUUGCUGCUGUUCAUCAGGAUAAUUCAAAAUCAUCUGCACUAGAAUGUGCAGAUGAGAUUAUUGCUGCAUCUGAUAGUCAAACAAAUGAGAGGAACACGCAGUGCAUGCUUUCUGGCGUAGACAAGGUUGAUGUAUCUACCCCGGGUGGCUUCCACAACGAGGCUCCACUUCCAAAUGGAAUUAGUUCCGCAAAAGUUGACCAUGAUGUUUCUGCUUUAAGUAGCAUUGGCCAGCCUGUUCCUGAAGAUAUUUCGCCAAGUAAUCAGAGAUCACCUGAGGCAGUCUCAAAUAACGUUGCAAGUCCAGGAAACUUGGAAGCUGGUGAAUCCCAAGAUAUAACUUGCUUAGAGACACCAAAGACCGUUGAUUGUCUGGAACAAAGUGUUUUUACUGAAGACGCCAAUGGUGCCCAGGUUCAUGUUCUGAGUCGAUGUAAUGCUGCUCAACUUGACGCAUCAAUGUCUAGGUCUGAGCAUGUUAUUAAUCAUGAGCCACCAUCUACUUUUUCGGGUUUCCACCCACCAGAAACUUCUAAAGAGGAGGAAUCACAUGCUUCAGCAAGUGAUUUAGAACAAAUUUCAAAAGAGAAUCCCGUGAAAGAACCUGUUUCAUGUGAAGACAUUCCAAAAGAAUCUAACAAAUCAACUAAUCAAACGGAUACUGUCGUUCUAGAAGAUCGCCACGUGGAAAUUAUGAGCGGUUCAGCUGCUUCUGCCUUGCCACCUCCUGAAAAGAUUCUAUCGAUGCCAGGAGGGCUUGUUGAUUUACCUCGGAGUAUUUUUCCAGAGGCUACACCGGAUUACUUGGCUGGGAUCAAUGAAGCUGAUGCUAGUGGUAAAUUCAUUUCAGGAAGGAAGCGCAGUUACGCUGAAAGCACACUAACAGAGCAGAGUCUCUACUCAGCUGAAUCUUUAAGGAUGGUCCAUUCCAAAAUGACUGCAGGAUUUAUUCCUGAUGAUGAUGAUUUGCUUUCUUCUAUCCUAGUUGGAAGAAGAUCUUCAGCACUGAAGCUUAAGCCUACUCCUCCACCUUCUGAGAUAACAUCAAGCAAGCGUCCCCGUUCUGCUGCCCGAAUGAGUGCCAGGAAAAGGAGGAAUGUUCUUAUGGAUGAUAUCAUGGUCUUGCAUGGAGAUAUGAUAAGACAACAGUUGAUACAUGCUGAGGACAUACGCCGCAUAAGGAAGAAAGCUCCUUGCACACAUGCUGAAAUCGCAGCAAUCCGGAAAAAGUUGUUGGAAGAUGAAAUUUUCAGAGAAGCGGUAUUAACUGAUAUGUCAGUGGAAUUGGCUUCUUUACAUAAGCAAAAAUUUGACUUGAGUACGGUGAAGGUCUCUUCUAUUGAUGUUAGCUGUUCUCAUACUGGGAUGGCGGUUGACCCACAGCAAACUGCUGUGUAUACUGAAAAUUCCAUCUCAAAUUUGGACGAACAGCGUGCCAUGGUGUUCAAUGAACCACAUGUUGAAAGAGAGAGUGGAAUAGAAGGAAGCAAUGAACGGUAUGUAGCUAGAGAUGAUAGCAUAUUAGGAGCUGUUGAGGCUACUGUUCCAACUGAGAACAGGGAUGUUGAUGAGCAUGGCCAAUGUUUAAAUAGCGAUGCCUCUCAACUGCGGCCGGACGCCAUCACUGAUGCUGCGGUGCCCAAUGACUUUAACCUUGAACCUUCCGACAAUGCAGCAGAAGUAGGUCCACAUGGAACUUGCCUUUCAGGUUCUCAGGCAGCUGAAGCAACAGAUAUCGCCUCUGCUGCUGAAGAAUUAUUGUCAUGUCAUAAUAAUGGUGGGUUAGGUGGCGAUGGUGAUGUAAUAGCAGGUCUACCUCUGGCCGAUUCGUUUAAUGAGUCCGGAAAGGAAGAUGCUUUUAUUUUAGCGGAAGUAUCUUGUGGACCACCUAAUCAUACACUGGCUGCUCAAGUUGAUAAGGCUCUGGAAAAUUUGAACGAUGAAAACCUAGUGGAUGGUAGUGAGUGGCAAGAAAACAACUGCUUUACAUCUGAAGCUGGAACUGGAACUGAAAAUAUGAUAGGCGAUGCAGUUUUACUGGAGGCUGCCCAAGACAGUGCUACAGUUAAAGAUGCAACUAAUGUAGAAAAUAUUGUUGCAGAGAAUGACAACCAGAGCUUUGCUGAUAAUGUUACAGGAACUGACCCACCUAACAGGGAUAUUGUAUAUGAAGAAAUGGAUUAUAUGCUGGAUCAUUCCAUAGGAGCUGGACAAUAUCCAUGUAAAGAAGAAGAUUUCUCCUACAAUACGGUGGCUGCAGAUUUCUCUGAUGCCAAUCGGGGGGACCUUGAUCAGGAUCUGGAUUAUUCAGCUGCUGGAGAUGAUACAGGGUUUUUGAACUUCGAUGAUGAUGAUGAUGAUGAAGAAGCAGCUGAUGAUUAUGUACCUGAUGCUGAUGUCACCCGUAUCACCGACAACAGUGGAUGGUCUUCUCGUACUAGGGCUGUUUCCAAGUACCUCCAGACCUUGUUUAUUAAGGAAUCUGAGCGUGGGAGAAAAUCUCUCUCCAUGGACGGUCUUUUAGUUGGUAAAACACGAAAGGAGGCAUCAAGGAUGUUUUUUGAAACUUUGGUUCUUAAAACAAGAGAUUACAUCCAUGUAGAGCAGGUGAUACCCUUUGACGAUGUCGCGAUAAAGCCACGAAUGCAGCUUAUGAAAUCGGACUUUUGAAUCUGAUACGUUUGGUAGGGUAUAACAUGAAAAGUCGGUAAACAGAAAUAUGUAUUUCUAGUAGUUAGUCAAUUGGGUCUGUUUGUGGUCUACUCUUGCUAGAUUUCAUUCUUUAAAGUCAUGUUUUGAUGGUCAAUGUAGUUAGGUUUUUACUUGGCUGGUAGAGUAGAUCAUUUGACACGGGUGUUUGUUGCACUCUGUACAAUAUAGAUCUUAUUUAUAUGUAAAUAUCCUGUAUAAUAUUUGGCCACGGUUCUGUUCUAAUGCCCUAUCCUUAUUUAUCCUAAUAAAGAAAAAAUAUCUGCUUUUA